GUGCUUGCAAGGCUCACGCUAGCAGUCCUUCAAUCUAUCCGAGCUGCAACGCUGCGUCGAGUGAUCGUCACUCUUCUAAGAAGCCUAAGUUUUUAUUGAUUCCAGGUCAAAAGAUCAUGAACCUGCUGUUAACCUUGGUCCAUCUUGUUCUGGCCUCCGGGGCAUUAGGCCUAAAUGUCGAGCUCAGUAGUCAUCAGGAUCAAUCCCACAGCAGAACGGCGCAAACGGAGAAUAUCUUUUUGGAAGCACGCGAUAAAGCAAACAGGGAGCGGAAGGCGCUGCCAGGAACAGUCUUGACCAACGCCGUGACAGAUCUCGGGGACUUUCGUCGAAUCUGGGACUUCUACACGCCCGACUAUAACUGCCCAUUCCUAAAAGAGCGAGUGGGCCGCCUUGGGGACGGUGGCAAGUGGGUCUGCGGCCUGCGCUACCUGCUGCAGUCUCGCUCCUGCCUCAUCUAUAGCCUCGGCAGUGCAGGAGACGCCUCCUUCGAGGAGCAGCUUCUGAGCCAAACCCCCUGCGAAGUGCACACCUUUGACCCCAACCUAAGCGCGGAGACGCAGACUCAGAUGCAGGCUAGUCUCCCCAGCCUCAACUUCCAUGCAGUUGGACUCGGCCGCAGCAGUGGGCCGCUCAAGUCUCCCAGCGACCGGGGCAUGCACAGCUUUCAAGAGGUCAUGGCGGCACUCGGCCAUUCAUGGGUGGAUGUGCUCAAAAUGGACAUUGAGGGCCACGAGUGGGAUGUGUUUCUGGACUUCUAUGCCCAACCCGAUGCGCGCCUGCCGGCCACCCAGCUUCUUGUCGAGUUCCACUGGCCCGGCAGCGCUGACAAGGUCUGGAAGGUGUUGGAUGUGCUUCUGGCGGACAAGUACCGCAUCUUCUCAGUGGAGCCCAAUUAUUACUGUGAGGAUGGCGCGUGUGCGAAGAAUCUGCUGGAGUUUUCAUUCAUUCGGGUGUCAGACAAUGGGCAUGUGUGUGCGCCGCACAGCCACACCAGUAGUGCAGAGGAAGGUGCCGGCAUGACACUGCCACAUGGGUGCUGAGUAUCUAAACCUGACAAAUCUAGUGCUGUGAUAGAGUGUGCUGCUGAAAUAACCUGAACCUGUCUCCAAGCGUCUGCAGUGUUGAAAGUCAAUUGGUUGUCCGGGAGAAAGUAUUUUGACAGUUGCUGUUGGGCGUAGCUUUUUGGCUGCAAUGUCUACGUUGGAAGGUUUCUUGCACAAUGCCAGCAGCUGAAGCAAAGAGUCUUUUUGCAUGCAGUGCGUCAGACAACACAGGGCUGGAGUAUGUAAUCCUGAUCCCUGCACCAC